AUGGAAUCUGUAGACCAUAAGGUAGAGUCUAUGCUUAGUGUUGUAUCUCUCUCAGUUCCACCUUUUUGGGACAUGGAUCCUGUUUUGUGGUUCGCUCAUCUGGAGGCUGAGUUUUACAACCACAGAAUUACUUCCGACUACGCGAAGUAUUGCAAGCUCCUGUCCUAUCUCCCCAAGGAGAUAUCAAUGCAGGUUCGUGACGUCAUCAUUUCUCAGACCGAAAACCGCUAUGAGGCUCUCAAGGAAGCCACGAUUAAGCGUGUUAUGCCCUCUGAGAAAGUUCGCCUGCAGCAGCUUUUCAGGGAUCUGCAAUUGGGCGACAAACUGCCCUCAACCCUGCUACGCGAGAUGCAGCAACUCCUUGGUUCAUCAACCAUGGACGAGACUUUACUUCGCGAACUAUGGCUACAACGGCUACCGGAAAACACACAAGCGAUUCUCGCUACAGUGAGCUCCGUUCCGCUCACUCAACUAGCAGACUUAGCGGAUCGAGUUAUUGAACGAGCACAGCCACAGGCCAACGCCAGCAAGGUCCAUGCCGUCGCGUCCCAGGGCACUUCUAUCACUGGCUUACAGUCAACUAUAGAAGCCCUCCAAACACAAGUUGCGACACUUAGUCGCCAGAUGCAACAGCUUACUAUGACCCGUCGUCGUCCUAGCCGCUCAACAUCGCCCUGCAAACGUUCUAAGUCUAGAAACAGGCAGGCUAGCUGUUGGUACCACCAGCGUUUUGGUACCGCAGCUCGUAAAUGUGUCAAGCCUUGCAACUACGCCGAGCAGCAGGGAAACUGCUCGGCCGGUCGGUAA